AAUUAGUUAUACCUACGUCCAGAAAUUCAAUUCUCAGUUUUAUCCCAUUGAGUGUCCUUUGCCUUUAGUCGUCUCGUAGAAACGAAAGCAUGGAGUUGUAUAACACUUGUGUACGUGGAAAGAUGCGCAAGCAAGCCCGUACCCUCAUCUAUGAUAAGCUGCACAAAGGGGUGGUGUUGACCUGUGUGGGGCUAACACUGUAUGGCACAGUGAUACUUGGUGACUUUGUAUACCGACACUUCAUGUAUGUGCGGCCUAAGAUCCAGGCCGCCAAGGAAGCAGCGGAGAAAGAACUCUUGUCUGAAGGAGCAGCUGACAAGAUGCUACUGAAAGAUUAAUGGAAAUAUAUAUAUAUAUAUCUCUGCUUAAUUUAAGUUUUACCAUAAUGUAAAUAACAUAGUAAGCACUUUGUUAUGUAAUGUAGGAAAUAAAUUAAAUUAUUUUAAAUCAUA